GGCCAAGGUAACGAUAACGAUAAGACGUACUUCUUUUGUACGCUUAGUUCUGGUUUAAGCUCCUGGAUGGUAAGAGCUUCGGCUAUUUUUAAGAGUUGGAUACGAAGAAAUCUGGGUAGAUUUGAACGAAUCAUAUAAACAACCUUAAAAUCAAAUUGUGGAUCUGUAAAAUGGUUACAGUCGAUCAGGUGUUCAAGUAUAGAACUCCUAACUGCUUUCCUUUCACCCUUAUAGAACCAAGCUGGGGUAUGUUCCCGUAUCCGAGUUGAAAGCGAGCGCUGGAUACGGCCAAUGUACCUUGCUCGACAAGAGCGGGUGAACCGGUAGAUAUAUACGAUUGUACAGCUUAAUAAUAAAUUCGUUGAAAAGAGAUCCCUUCGCUGAACUUCGUGUUUUAAUUUUAAUGUUUAAAUGGGAAUUAUCUGUCAAUAUUUUAAAUUUUACAAGCUGAAACCGUAAGAAGAUAGGUUUUAUAAAUUUUUAGGUAAAGAAGGAUGAUUGUAAAGAUGUCAAACAUAAGUAACGAUUUGUAAUAAAUUCCUUGAUUUCCUAUUCAAAAGAACAAUGCAACCUCUGCUUCGAUACUUAUCUAAUUUACAGUUAAUAGGUAAACAACUCUUAAUUAUUUACUUGAAUCUUCCCAAUGAUGUUUAGGACUGCAAUUGAUCAGUCUCUUAUUAGUAUAUGUGCAUAUUGCCUCGAUAUUGCCUUAAUUCACAAGCAUUAUAAGAAAAGAUGGAUAGUGGCUAGCAGUCUGAGGUUGUAAAAAGUAUUGCUUGGUUUGUUUUUAUCGCCAUAUAUAAUUAGCAAAAAAUAAUAUUCGCUGGUUUGUCUCUAUUUACACAUUGUAAGUAUACGCAAAAUGUGUAAUGUACUCUUAACAUGAACUCGUCUACUUAUCAAAUAAUUACUUUCACAUCAAAACACCAAUUAACUGCGUUUGAUGGUGACAGCUAAACUUUUAAUGAAAUCUAUGGACAUUUUUAUGUCUAGCAUCCAGAGAUACAGGAAACUCCAAUCACAAACAUUUCUCUUCACAUGAAACUAGUUAUGGUGUGUAUAAAUGUGUAGGAAUGGGAGUUUCAAGAAGAGAAUUUCCUUUGUUUAACAAUCUCUUUCUUUACUGUAAUUCUACCGUUAUUUCGAUUAUUUCAAAUCCAGUAAUUUUCUCAUCUUGUUAAAUUCUUCGUUAUAUGUUGCAGUUGGGUCUUUAAUACUUCUACUUAAAGCUCAACUAAUCCAGUAUCAGUAAUCAGAGCAUAGUAGUAAUUAUGGAAGCAGUCCUAAUGUGUUGUUAGUUACAAUGGAAUUUUACUUCAUGUCGGUUUCAAAACAGUUUCUAUCCUCUGAAUUGAUUCUGAUAAUACUUUUUUUUAAAAUCAAGAUUAACUUAUAACUUGUUCAAGUGAUUUUCCUGUGAUGAACACAUAUUUCAACCUUUUACUGGACUAUCCUUACCAAAAAACUGAAUACUUGAACUACGAAGUAUUUACGUAAACAACCACAUUUUGCCAAAUCAUUAUUUUAAGUAACGGAUAUUUCUGUACCGACACUACUGUACAACAAAAGCAAAAAUUCUCUAACGCGUUUUGAAUUUAAUGUGACUAAACUCUGUUUAUAAUAAUUGUAAUUUGAUGGUAAUAUUGUGGCAAACCGCACAGGAUGAAAAUGUGUCAAAAGGGACUAACCAAUUUCAGUCCUAAACAUUUAUGAGAAGAUUCAAACAAUCAAUACAAAUAAAUUUUAGUUUAUUCUUUGGAAGAUAAUGAUCCACAACGACAGCUAACCAUAUUAUAUCAUUUUAGAAACACUAAGACUUCCAAAUAUCCUUGCAAGUGUUACACUAAUAAUGAUCAGCGAGAAAUAUUACUUAUCAAAAUUUUGGACAGAAACAUGUCUUUCUUAACCUCGUUAUUUAAAAACAGACGUCUAAAAUAAACUUCAAUUAGAGAUAUCUUUACAUUUUAUAGAAACUUGUAAAAUCCUUCAGGUUUUGUAUUUCAACAUGUUUGAACACCAAAUACAUUUAGGUAUGUAUGUGUUAUUCUGUUGGCUCUUUAUUAGUAAGAUUGGGGUUCAUCACUAUCCAACAGCAGAUGGAGAACAAUCUGAAAACAGAAGGUUUUAUUCGCUGUUUAUAUAAUGUUAGUCAAUGAUUGAAUUUACAUUACGUGAGCAAAAUUUCCUCUAACUAUAUAAUGAAUACCUUAUGCUCAUUUAAGGAGUUCAUGGUACACUUCGAUGUAAACAGUGAUGACAAAAUAACAAAAACAGAAUUCCUUGAAGCCGCGAAACAAAUUAAAAUUGGGAAAAUAACUGAUGCAGAAAUGCGUUCAGCAUUUAGAAGUGCCGAUAAAAAUAAAUCUGGUAAACUCGAUGCCUAUGAGUUGAGGGAUUUUUUGAAAAAACAGAAAAAUGUCGUUUCCAUGGAUCUCUGUACCAAGUGGAUAAGACAGAAUGAUAAAAACGGAGACCAAAAAUUGGAUUAUGAAGAAUUUUUGAAGUUUGUUCAAUCCAUGUUAUGAAAAGAGGACGUUGGCUUCAUUUGCUCACCUUUACAAUACUAAAAACUAAUAUAAGACUAAAUACUUAAAAGUAGCCAUUUGUGUAUUUUUUAAAUGAACGUAUGAAUAAAUAUUGAAAGUUAUCUGGGGAGAAUAAUACUUACAGUUAUGCAAAUAACCAUUAUCAUUUUAAUUGUUCUCUUAAAAUUUACGUUUAUAAUGUAUGAGUUUCUAUUACAAUUAAUGAGGUUUAUUAUAUAUUAGAUAGCUUCUUUAAGUUAUAUAGUUAGGAUAUGUUCUUCAUGAAAGUUAGAACUAAGUAUCUGCGUUAUCGUAAAUUGAUACUAACGUGUAAAAAUCAUAUACCAGGCCUCUCAGAAACGAGCUCGAUACCUACAAUUAUGAUGGGAAUAAGUCCAAACUGGAACUUAGAAGGAGCCUAGAAUAAAUUGCUUAAAUUAAGUGGAAAACAUUAUAAACCAAAUCAAUGAGGUUGAACGAAUCGGCAAAUUAUUUCAUUUCAAAUCUGAGCCUAUGAACAAAAUACCGUAUUGUCGUUACAAUCAUGUGUAACUGUAAAAGUAUAUCUAACGAAUUUUUCUUAGAUUUAAAACAAUACACUGCGGUGAAUAACCAAUACAUUUACUGUACAGCUAAAUAUUUUAUUUUGUGUUUAAACCUAUCAUAAUAAUACAAUACAAUUUCACACUGCGUACUUCGAAUUUGAGUUAUUUAUUGUAUUUUGUCGAGGUUCUAGGCUUAUUGGGAUUAAUACCAUUUCAAAUUCGUAUACAAUAUCCGCCAGCUGAAAAUCUAGUUUCAAUUAUCAUAUUAAAAUCCACGAUGAGUUAACUAAAGCACAGUACGGUAAAUGUGUUAAUGUUCAGUUUGUUUCUCUCGUUACCAUAAACCGCAAUAAAUACCUCAUAGAUGACUACCAGGGUAACGAAGGACAAAUUCGAAAAAAUCAAACACAAAGCGGUUUUCAAUCGAUUGAUGGGAUGAUAAUAUAUAAACAGUUUAAGUGUUAUAUCACCAUACCCAUUUUGGUUACCAAGAGGAGAUUAAUCUUGCAAAAGCAGGUGAUAUUUUUUUAUAGUAAACCGAUAUAAUCUAAAGAACUACUAGAGAGCAAUGAGAUUUAAAGAAAUUUUUCAAUCAUCUUGGAAAAUCCCCGGUAGUAUGGUUCUAAAAUGUAUAAAAAUAUAGCUCAAGAACUUCAUGAAAAUUUGGAUCACUGGUUAAAUGAUGCAACUCUGUGUUCAAAUCCGUAUGGGAGGGAGUUUUGAGCUACAUAGACAACCAAUGAUGUUAAAUUUUCGGCAGCCCUCAAACUAACAUCAUUUCACCACGAAAUUUAUCACUAUAUUAUUUCGUCCCAUUCAACUGUUAGUCUAGCCAGUCAAGUACUUUAAAAUGGAGAACAGUUCAUAAUUAAAAUAAAUAUUAUGAAUUUGUAGCUACUGAAAAAACCGUAAGUAGUGCAAACGAAUAAAGCG